CAGGAAGAGAGAAAGAGAGAAAGCGGAAAACUUCAGCUGAUCAUGGCUGUUCGUACGAUCUGAGGACUUUACCAUGAAGCGUCAGGACUUGAAAUCAGUGAUCAAAGGAAUUCAUGACAGCUCUAUAGAUUGACAGGUUUAGAGACUUAACGCGAAGUUUGUUUAUUCGCCAUCGAGACAAAUUCGCGCGAAAACACGGAAACUUGUGUGCGGAGAUCAGCGCGGGCGCGUAUCGAGUCGCGAAAGGUCCGAAAACCAGCACACGUCCGUGAAACCGGGCCUCAGGGUUCAAACUUCCCUCCUUUUCCUUUGUGCCGGAGGACGAACACAGGCCGGCGGCGCGCAGCAGCACCAGGCCGCGGGUAAAGACGCCCUGAGCGGGCGUGUGAGGAUCCACAUCUGAGGAAUAUAAGUGAUUUUACAGCACAAAAAUGGAUCCAAACUCAGCAUCUGCUGGUGCUCCAAAAAGUGGGAAAGACAAGGAGAAGAAAAGCAAGAAGAACUAUGACGAAGGCGACGGAAAGAAGAAGUUUACUCUCAAACGGCUGAUUCCUGACGAGCUGGAGCGCUUCACCAGCAUGCGGACGAAGAAGGAGAAGGGAGGCACGAUGGGAAACAGACACUUGUCAGCUGCCCAGUAUGAAGUGCCGUCCCAGAGCGCCUCGCUGAACGAGCUGUCAGAUGAGUCUGUGCUGGAGCUGUUUGAGCAGAUGCUGGUGGAUAUGAACCUGAAUGAGGAGAAGCAGCAGCCGCUGAGGAAGAAGGAUAUCAUCAUCAAGAGAGAGAUGGUGUCUCAGUACCUGCACACCUCCAAGGCUGGUAAGAGUCAGAAGGAGAGCUCGAAGUCAGCGUUGGUGUAUAUCCAGGAACUGAAGACCGAUCUGAGAGACACACAGUUACUGAGCUGCCUGGAGUCACUGCGUGUGUCAUUGAACAACAACCCCGUCAGUUGGGUCCAGACGUUUGGAGCCGAGGGUUUGGCUUUGCUUCUGACGUUCCUGAGGAAACUCCAAGACGAGAGAGACGAACCUUUGAAUGCUGGGAUUGGUGUUAAAUGUCAACAUGAGAUCAUUCGAUGUCUCAAAGCCUUCAUGAACAACAAGCACGGUCUUAAUGCCAUGCUGACGUCAGAAGACGGAAUCCCUCUCCUGGUCCGAUCCAUCAAUCCAAAAGUCCCGCACAUGAUGGUGGAUGUAGUCAAACUGCUGUCCGCUAUCUGUAUCCUCGAGCGUCCAGGAAACACAGAUGAGGUGAGGUCGAUUGAGAACGAGGAGCUCAAGGUUCAGUUGCAGGUGUUUGAAGAGCAGGCUGAUGAAGACUCUGAAGAUCUUCGCUCACGGUUGGACGAUGUCCGUCUUGAGAUGGAUGAUAUGACUGAAGUCUUCCAGAUCUUGAUGAACACAGUGAAGGACUCUAAAGCUGAACCUCUCUUCCUGUCUCUGCUGCAGCACCUGCUACUGGUGCGAAACGACUACAUGUCCAGGCCUCAGUACUAUAAACUCAUUGAUGAGUGUACGGCUCAGAUCGUUCUGCACAGGAACGGCUGUGAUCCAGACUUCAAAUGCAGGAAGUUUGACCUGGAGGUGGACCAUCUGAUUGAUAACAUGGUUGAUAAGACCAAAGUGGAAAUCAGUGAAGCUAAGGCCACAGAGCUGGAAAAGAAGCUGGACGCAGAGUUGACGGCCCGUCACGAGCUGCAGGUGGAGCUGAAGAAGUUGGAGGCCGAUUACGAGCAGAAGGUUCUGGAGCUGAGCACUGAGAAAGAGAACCUUGGGCAAGAGAAGAAUGACCAGGAGAAAGAGAACCAGGGCCUGCAGUCAGAGAUCAGCCAACUGAAUAAGAAGAUUGAGAAGCUCUCAAAAGAUCUCAAAGAAGCCAAAGCGAAGGUCAUCACCGUGCAUGUGCCUGUGGCUCCGCCCCCCAGCCAAUCAGCUUCCACUGUGCCGCCUCCGCCUCGUCCUGGUGGAGCUUGCCUCCCACCUCCUCCUCCACCGGGACAAACGGCCAUGCCCCCACCGCCGCCGCCUCCUCCUCUGCCCGGAGCACCUAGUCUGCCUCCGCCCCCUCCGCCGCCUCCUUUACCCGGAGCACCUGGUAUGCCGGCGCCCCCUCCGCCUCCACCUCUUCCUGGGGCAGCCAGUAUGCCGCUGCCCCCGCCUCCUCCGCCUUUACCGGGCGCACCUGGAAUGCCGCCUCCUCCUCCUCCUUUACCUGGAGCACCUGGUAUGCCACCACCUCCACCUCCUCCACCCGGAAUGGCCGGUAUGCCUCCUCCACCUCCUCCGAUGGGCGCCAGUAUGCCGCUGCCCCCGCCUCCUCCGCCUUUACCGGGCGCACCUGGAAUGCCGCCUCCUCCUCCUCCUUUACCUGGAGCACCUGGUAUGCCACCACCUCCACCUCCUCCACCCGGAAUGGCCGGUAUGCCUCCUCCACCUCCUCCGAUGGGCGGUCCUGGGAUGCCUCCGCCCCCUCCGGGCGGGUUUGGUGGAUGGGCACCUCCUGUUCCUCAGCUGCCCUUCGGCCUCCAGCCUAAGAAAGACUACAAACCUGAGGUGCAGCUGAAGAGAGCCAACUGGAGCAAGAUCGCAGCGGAGGAUCUGUCUGAAGGCAGUUUCUGGUUGAAGGCGAAGGAGGAGCGCUUUGAGAACAAGGAACUGUUUGCCAAACUCACCCUGACCUUCUCCACCCAGACCAAGAGUAAGAAGGAUCAAGAGGCAUCUGAGGAUAAGAAAAACGCUCAAAAGAAGAAGGUGAAGGAGCUGAAGGUACUCGACUCUAAAACAUCCCAGAAUCUCUCUAUAUUCUUGGGUUCAAACAGGAUGCCUUAUGAAGAGAUGAAGAAUGUCAUCCUGGAGGUCAGCGAGAAAGUUCUCACUGAAAACAUGGUGCAGAGUUUGCUGAAGCUGCUGCCAGAGCAGGAACAACUGAACUCAUUAUCAGAGAUGAAAGAUGAGUACGAGGAGCUGGCCGAGUCUGAACAGUUCGGAGUUGUGAUCAGUUCAGUGAAGCGUCUGAAGCCCCGUCUGAGCUCUAUCCUCUUCAAGCUUCAGUUUGAUGAGCAGGUGAAUAACAUCAAGCCGGACCUAGUGGCAGUGAAGGCCGCCUGCGAGGAGCUUCAGAAGAGUGAGAGCUUCGCCAAACUGCUGGAGAUCACGCUGCUGCUGGGAAACUUCAUGAACGCAGGAUCACGCAACGCCAAAGCUUUCGGCUUCAGCAUCAGUUACAUGUGCAAGUUGAGAGACACUAAAUCAGCCGAUCAGAAACAGACUCUAUUGCACUUCCUGGUGGAAAUGUGUCAAGAACAGUAUCCCGAGGUCAUGAACUUCUCAGAGGAGCUCACCCACGUGGAGAAAGCCAGCAAAGUAUCGGCAGAGACGCUUCAGAAGAAUCUAGAUCAGAUGGGAAAGCAGAUUAAAGACCUGGAGAAAGACAUUGAGACGUUCCCCCCUCCGCAGAGCGACAGGGACAAAUUCGUAGAGAAAAUGACCAGUUUUGUAGCGACGGCUCAGGAGCAAUUCGUGAAGCUCAAGCUGAUGCAUGAGAACAUGGAGAAACAGUAUGAGGAUUUGGGCAAAUACUUUGUGUUCGACCCCAAGAAAAUGAGUCCAGAAGAGUUCUUCGGUGACCUCAACAACUUCAGGAACAUGUUCCAGCAAGCGGCGAAAGAGAACCAGAAACGGAAAGAAUCAGAGGAGAAGAUUCGUCGAGCCAAACUGGCGCGAGAGAAAGCAGACAAAGAGAAGGAGGAGAAACAGAAGAGAAUGAACGCUGGACAGAUUCCCAACAUCAAUGAUGAUGAUGAGACUGGUAUCAUGGAUGGUUUGUUGGAGGCGCUGCAGUCUGGAGCUGCUUUCAAGAGGAAGAGAGGACCACGACAAGCAGCCAACAAUCGGAGAGGAGCCGGUCACGCCGUGACAAACAUUCUCGCCAAAGAGCUUCUUCAAGAGAACGCCCCGCCCAGUGCCACGAAAAAGACCCGAUUGGAAGCAGAAGACAGGAAGGAGUCGUCUCAGGAGGACACGGGCUCGCUGGAGGACCUCUUAGACGAUGCUCCGUUACGCUCAAAUUAAGGACUUUCUCUGCUGAUCCUGCCGGUUAAAAGACAGACUGUGCUUGGGGACCAAGUCUGUGAGGGCGGGGCUCUCGCUAAACCACACCCCUCGAGUAAACCCACACGGCUUCCUAUUGGCCGUCACACUGGAGGAGUGGCCUCAUCUCAGCACUGUCACACUCGUUUUGUCAUUUUCUAGCACUCUUUCUCUAAACACAAGGGUUUCAUCUGUCCGUUAUCUCUAUUGACUGCUUUUGCAAGAUUCCAAAGAUUUGUAUAGAGAUUUCGUUUUGUUCCAUUCCAAAUUCAGCUGAACGUCCUCUUCUGGUUCCUUCUCAAAUCAAACAUCUGUUCUGCUUUAACGUUUAGUUUUUUUAGUUUUGUUUUUGACGUUUAAACGCAUCACGUGGCUGAAAGUUUGAAAUAGGUUACAUUAUUAUAUUCGAAACGCAACGUGCCAAUAAUGUUGACCCCAUAAAUGCAUGUUCAAUUAGUGUGUGCUUGAGGUGUUCUCACUGAGGUUCUGUAGCCAUCACAAAAGAGGUCUGGUACCUGUUCACAAGAUUGUUUCUCUCUUCCUGUGCUUUUCUGUUUCUGGGUACUUCAUUCUGUCAUUUUAAGUGAAUGAUGUUGUUUAAAUCUCAAAAAUACUAGCUACAAUCAUUGAGCCUCAUUCAUUCAAGUCAUUCAUAAACCAUUCUUGUAUAAAUCAUUGCAUGGAAUUAAAAUUUAUGCAAAAAUGGUUUUGGAUAGAAUUGAUAAAACAUUCGCAAUUCACAGUGGUUUUAUGAAUAAUUUGUGUGUGGGUUGCUUCACUUUCUUAUUUUUCAUAGAAUCUGUUUCAUGAACAGCAGUGGUCAGUUUUGUCUUUCCAGAAACGUCCGUCGUGUUUGUGAAGUGCUGUAGUUGAUAUACUGUUUUCUGCACACUGAAGAUCCAAACUGCUGAUACGUACACACAAUUUUCAGUGGCGUUUCGCCAUUGCAAAAUAAAUCAUUUUUAAUUUACUGCUAGACGGUGAGGAAAAAGUCACUGUGAACUACGAAAUAUCUAUUUUGAGGGCAAAAGUAACAUUGACAACUCCUUUGGCAUUUAUUUCUCAAUGAUAAACGGUUUGAUCAAGCCAAAUCCGAAGGACUGUAGCAGAGCACUUCUAUCGUUGGUGCUGGAAUAUCUGUUAAAAGCUGCACAUAGACUUAUUCAACUUUAGUAUUUUUCAUUGCAGUCUUCAAAAGACGGUGAGCAAAUGUCCCUGUCUUUUAUGUAGACUGAUCACCAGCAGAUACUGUUUAACCAGUCGACUGUUAAGAUUGUUCUUGAGUCAUAAACUCAGUUUGUGUCAGUGACACCGAGAAAUAUGAAAUAAACCUCAGAGUUUCAGCUUUGCAAUAUGACUUACCUGAAUGUUGAAGUUGGCUGAAUGUUUGAGGGUAGAGAUCACUGUUUAAAGUAUCGGACUGUAUUUGUCAAGAAAUCCUGAGAAAUUGUCUUCCGGAUUAAACUAUAUUAAAAUAUAUAUGCAUUUAUGUAAUGUUUGUAAAACGAUGUCAAUGUUUUGGCAGUAAUCAGGUCUCUAAAGUCUGCCUAGAAACCAGCAAGUCUGAAAGAGUUUUUUCUGGAGUUUUUGAAGCCAAAUUUCCAAUUUUUGACUUUUUAAUUUUUAUUUUUGUGGACUGCAGUUUUGGAGAACUGCGAGCCAACAUAUUCUGCUUCAAUGCCGAUUGAUCGCACAGAUGGUUGUGAAAGUCAACAGUUUCACUUUUUUUGGAAAAGCUGGAAGAAGAUCACUGGAAAAACAAAGAGACUGUGUGUUUUCUUUCUCUUUUUUUAACAGUUUUUCCUCAUCAAUUUUUAUUCUUGAUUGUUUUAUUGUAAUAAUAUAACGAUUGUAUUGGUGAGAUCCAUUUGGUCAAAUUGUGUAUAUUGCGUUUUGACCGGAGAGAUGUUUAUUCUGGUUAUCUCUAAAACCACACCAUUAAA